CUUCAACAGACGUGAUGGUCGAAAAACGAGUCCUCGUAUCGACGGACCUCAUGCAGUGCAUCGGUGCGUUCCAGCGCGGCGUGCUCCAAGACAUGCUUCCGCUAGUGUCACCCGCUCCCGACACCCGCCACCGAUAUCGACGGUGGUAUGCCGCGCACGGCGCCGCGCGGCUGCCACUUCUGCUCAAGUACAUGCCACACCUGGCCCCACUCGUGAUCCUCCACGCGGUCGCGGCCAACCACAUGCACGUGCUGGACGCGCUCCACUUGACCAUCGACGACCACGACGACCUCGUUGCGGUGGCGGCUGCCACUGGCCACGUCGCGGCAAUUGUUCAGUUGCACGCGAUGGAGUACAUGUCGGGCACGAACGCGGCCAUGGUGGUGGCGGCCACCCACGGGCACGUGAAUGUCGUCGAGUACCUCGUCAGCACCCGCAGGUCAAGCAAACAACAGACGUCGCGCGCGAUUGUCGCCGCCGCCCAACACGGACAUCUCAACGUUGUGCAGUUCCUGCACGUCCACCUCAAGAGCGCCGACGCUUCGAAAGCUGCCGUCCGCAUGGCGGCGGCCCAUGGUCACUUGCAUGUUGUGGCAUGGCUGCAUGAAAGCGGCGCGCACGAUUGGAGUUCGGACGCGUUUACGCUGGCAGCAGCAGGCGGCCACUUGAACGUGUUGGCGUACAUGCACCGUGUCAAGCCCCGCCGCGGUGCCUCAAAACAGGCCAUGGACAGCGCCGCCACGAGUGGGCAUCUGCACAUCGUCAAAUUUUUACAUUGUUAUCGCCCAGAAGACGGGUGUACGGACAAGGCGCUCGAAGGCGCCGCAUCGAACGGCCACAAGGACGUCGUCGAGUACCUCACGAUGCAUCGUGACCAGUUGAUCCAUGCAAUGUGCAGCGCAUGCGGCUUUCACAAGCCGCGCAACCACAAGUGCAAAGUGGCGGGGUCGUGAAGACAUGCCAUUCUCUUCGCCCCUCACAACAACGACGACAACGAACGAGCUCCAAUGCACGCACAACGCACUCCACCACCAGCGACGUCCAGACAAGUUAGAAUAGAAAGCCACCGCGCGAGAGAAUGCCCCCUUCCUCGGCAUCCCUGUUCAAGAAGGACGUAGACCAGCAGCGUUUCGAAAAUAUACGUGACACCCCCA